CAAAUAACUCCGCCGACUCAAUUUUUUAUCCAAUUCCUAUUUCUCCUCGUGUUCUACUGCAACUUCCCUCCCCCUACUACAUGCUUACUGAACGCGUUUCAAGCCUCUUUCUCAACCUCUCUCUCUCUCUCUCUCUUUAUUUAUAUAUAUAUUUGCAUACUAACAUUUGUAUAUCUACUUCUCAUCUCCCUCUCACCACCUUCUCCACAUCCCUGCAAUCUCUGUUCCUCCUCUCUUUCCACCCCACUUUCUCCACUCUUCUAACAUUGCAAUCUCUAUCAUCUCUCUAACCACCUCUCUCCCUCUCUCUGCAACCAUGUGGUACCGGGUUGCGAAUGCAUCCGAGUACCUCGUCAUCACUGGCUAUGGAAUACCCGACAUAAAGCUGGCGAAGAAGGCGUGGAUUCUCCCGGGCCAAGCUUCCACUGUCUUCGAUGUCUCGCCUGUAAACUACACAUUCGAGGUUCAGGCCAUGAGCGCUGAGAAGCUCCCCUUCAUUCUCCCCGCUGUGUUCACGAUAGGCCCUCGAGUCGACGAAGACUCCUCCCUCCUCAAAUAUGCUAAGCUUAUCUCUCCUCAUGAUAAGCUCUCUAACCAUGUUAAAGAGCUUGUUCAAGGAAUCAUAGAGGGAGAAACUCGGGUUCUUGCUGCCUCUAUGACCAUGGAGGAGAUCUUCAAAGGAACCAAGGAGUUCAAGCAGGAGGUCUUUGAGAAGGUGCAACUGGAGCUGAACCAAUUCGGCCUUCUGAUAUACAACGCGAAUGUAAAGCAACUCGUUGAUGUUCGAGGCCAUGAAUACUUCUCUUACCUCGGCCAGAAAACCCAAAUGGAGGCCGCGAACCAGGCAAGAGUCGAUGUAGCAGAGGCGAAAAUGAAGGGUGAGAUCGGUUCCAAACUGCGUGACGGCCAAACGCUCCAAAAUGCUGCUAAAAUCGAUGCUGAAACCAAAAUCAUCGCAACCCAGCGCCAAGGAGAGGGCAAAAAAGAGGAGAUCAGGGUGAAAACCGAGGUGAAAAUUUUCGAGAAUGAGCGCGAAGCCGAGGUAGCUGCGGCCAAUUCAACAUUAGCCUCAAAAAAGGCAGAAUGGGCUCGACAGGCACAGAUAGCAGAGGUGGAGGCGGCAAAGGCGGUAGCGAUUCGAGAGGCGGAGCUACAGCGCGAGCUCGAGAAGAGGAAUGCGAUGACACAGACGGAGAAGAUGAAGGCCAACAUGCUUAGCCGAGCCGCUGUGGAGUACGAAACAAAGGUUCAGGAGGCUAAUGCUGCAUUCUACGAGCGACAACGAACGAUCGAUGCAGUGCUCUAUGAGAGAGAGAAGGAGGCCGAGGGGCGCAAGGCGGCAGCUGAUGCCGCCCUGUACACCCGACAGCAAGAGGCGCAGGCAGAACUUAUCACGAAACAAAAGGAGGCAGAAGGGCUCAAGGCACUGGCAAACGCCCAAGCAUACCAUGUAAAAUGCCUGUUGGAGGCACUAAGCGGUGAUUAUCGAGCACUAAGAGAUUACAUGAUGGUGAACUCAGGGGUUUACCAAGAAAUGGCCAGGAUUAAUGCAGGGGCCAUACAAGGACUGAGCCCGAAGAUUAGCAUGUGGACUAAUGGCUCGGAGGUGGGCUCGGGCUUGGGGUCGGGUGCAGGUGCAAUGGGUCAGGUAGCAGGACUUUAUAAGAUGCUGCCACCGUUGUUAGCCACUGUUCAGGAACAAACGGGGAUGUUGCCGCCUGCGUGGCUGGGCUCGUUGCCAGAAAGCUCAGAGUGAGAGGUCUCAAGCUCGGUGUGAUGGGUUCAGAUUUUGUGCUGUGUUUUGACCUGUCUCUUUAAUAUUCCCUUCCCUUUUUUUCUGUUCUUUUUUGGGGUUUGGGGUGUUUCUUUUUAUAUUUCUGUUUGUGUAUGCUUUUUCUUAAACAGUUUUCGAAGAAAAAAAAAACUUUUUAACUUUUUUGUGCAGGGAUUUUUGCACUUCUUUACUUCUCUUUAUCAAAAGAAUAUAUUUGCUUUUAGUUUUCUAGUAUUUGUGCAUUAUUUUCUUAUCUUUUGAUAAGGUAAGAAUCUCAAAAAUCUUCUUUGUCCCAUCCUCCCUGGUUUCUCGAACUUCUUCCUUUUCUGUGUACAUAGUUUUUUCUUUAUUUAUCAAAAUAACUUAUUUCGCUUUUUAUUAUUGUGUGUAAAUUAAAGACCUUUUCUGUGUAAUUGAUGUAUAACUAGAAAAUGUCAUUUGGCUUUUAUUAUUGUGAUGGUUUGACUACUUGGGUAAGGAUUUCAAGUUCUGCUUUUUUCUUUGGCUCAAGGUUUCUUGAGGUUGUUUUCCUUGAAUCUCAAUAAAUAAUCAUUGAGAGAAUAGAGUGACAUCUUUUAUAAGCUGGAGGUUCUACCUGCUUUGAUGGUCGCGACCUUUAACAUUGUUUUGUGUUCCUGCUGGAGUACGCUAUUCGUGCUAUUUUAUCUGUGUCACAACACAUUUAACGGAUAAAAAAAC